CUCAUUUUUCUUUUUUUCCGUCGCCUUCGCCUGUCUUUCCCAUCGGCUUCAGCCCAUUUCCACUGCCAUUGCAAUUGAGGAUGUCCGCCCUUCAGGACCGAGUCGACGUCACCGCUCGUCUCUAUGCAGACCCCCACAAUCCCCACCUCUACUACGAACGAGGCCUGGUCCACCAACAGCUAGGCUUUCCAGAUCUCGCCUCCGCAGACGCAUACCGCGCACUCUCCUUGCUCGACUCGGUCGUUGACCCCGAUUGCUGCGAAUUCCAUGCCACGCGGAAAGCUGAGGAAACCUCUACUGCGCCUGCUACAACUGAGGAUGAUGAUGAGGAGGAGGAGGAGGAGGAGGACUUCAUUCCCAUCACCCAAGAGGAGUACGACUCGAUGAUCGGGGACGUUUACGCUCUGCUCGUACGAAGCCUAGUCAACUGCGGCUGCUUUCGCGAUGCCUUCGAAUUCUGCGUGCGCGGACUCGGGCUCCUAGAGAACAUGCCACAGGACGACCGGAAUACCUCCGCGCACAAUGUGCUCAAAGACCAGCUGGCAAUCAUUAGGAAAACAUACCAAGCCCGUCAAGGAACCACUGCCACCCAAGACACCGACAUCAAUUCUAGCGCUCUGAACGCCCAAGGCUCCGCGCGACGAGUCCUCUACCCCUGGAACGAGCACGAACCGGACCGCAAAUCCCCUGAAACCCUCCAACUGCUGAACGAGCGCCUCAAGGACGUUGCUCCCAAAUGCGAGGUCCGCGCCGUUGCCCUGCCCGCUUUACACGGCACCGAUGACAACGACAAUGACGUCUCCAUCCAACUUGGCCUCUUCGCCAAGGAAGACAUCGCCCCCAACGAGAUCAUUCUCCGCGAAUCCUCCCUCCUCACCGCAACCAACCGCCUGCACGACGACCUCUGUGACGCCUGCAACGCCCCGCUUCCUGAUCUCGCCUCCGACAACCCCCCGGUCGCCUGCGAUGGCUGCGCAGACACCGUCUUCUGCUCGCAGUCCUGCCACGAUGACGCUCAACGCAUCUAUCACGGCGCCGUCUGCGGCCUCAUGGAGAACCUCGAAUCCAUCGGCAAAGACAUCCCCGACCCCAAAGACAAAGCCGAUUACCUCUACCUCCUCCUCCUGGGCCGCACCCUCGCCAUGGCCGCCACCCAGGACGUACACCCACUAGACCUCCCGGAGGUGAAAUACAUCUGGGGCGACUUCCACGAUCUCGACAUCACCAACCCCGUCACCGCAUCCGAUGACCCCACCGCAACCCUCCCCUUCUCCUUCCAGCUCAACAUCCUCCAACCGAUGCGUCUCCUCGAAGAAAUGGAACUCGACCCCUACGCCUCCCUCCCCCGCUUCGACACCUGGGUCCUGAACACCCUCUACGCGAAAUUCCGAGGCACCGCCUCCGGCCGACUCUCCACCUGGGACGGCGGCCCAGAACUCUGUGCCGUCCACCCACUCUGGUGUCUUGCCAACCACUCCUGCGAUCCGAGCGUAAGAUGGGAAUGGGGCGGCGAGAUCACCUUCCGGGCCCGCACCGCGGACGAACGCGCCAUUUGGAAGAAACUAAAUGGUACGGAUCCCAGUGCCCCUCCGGCCCGGAGACAAGGCGAGGGAAUCAAGAAGGAUGAAGAGAUCCUUAACCAUUACUGUGACAUCGGGUUGAAUGUCAAGGAGAGACGGGAAUGGGCGAGGGGCGCGUUGGGCGGUUAUUGUCAAUGUGAGCGAUGUGUGUGGGAGGCGGGGGAGAAUUGAUUCUUCCUUUUUUUUCCCCUCUUUGGGGGUGGAAUAGAAUGUGCAUGUGAUAGAGAGAGGAGGAUAGAGACAGAUAUAGAAAAUGGUAGAUACCCAGAAGGAAGUGGAAGAAGAGGGGAGUUGAUGAACUAUGCCCAUUCAUGAAAACAAAUUGAUAGACG